UUACCUGCACAAGGUGGGGGGUCAAUGAAACAACAAAGUAAGAAAGCUCAUGGGAGAAAAAAGAGAAAAAAGUUUAAAAGCCUUAAAGCUUAAAGAAAGCUGAUUGCAGAAAGCAAGAGCUUUCCUUCUUCUCUCUCUCUCUCUCUCUCUCUCUCUCUCUCUCUCUCUACCAUAUUCUUUCUUCUAGGAGUAAAGCUGAAACCCACUAUUCCAACCUCACCAGCUGUACAGGUAGGGAUUGAAUUUGUAACCAUCCCCACCAUAUAGUCACCAAAAAGCAACAAAAUCCAUCCAUGUUAGACAACACUGCUUCUUCUGCUGCUCCAUCUUCCUCCUCUGAUGCAUUUGCUUCCCUAGAAAAUGGGGUCACUAACAAAAGAAAAAGAAGACCAGCAGGCACACCAGAUCCAGAAGCUGAGGUCGUGUCUCUCUCUCCCAAGACCUUGUUGGAAUCCGACCGCUAUGUGUGUGAGAUCUGCAACCAAGGGUUCCAAAGAGACCAAAAUUUGCAGAUGCAUAGGCGAAGGCACAAAGUACCGUGGAAAUUGCUUAAGAGGGAGACGCAGGAGGUGAGGAAGAGGGUUUUUGUAUGCCCAGAACCUAGUUGUUUGCACCACGACCCAUGCCACGCUCUUGGCGACCUUGUCGGGAUCAAGAAGCAUUUCAGAAGGAAGCAUAGCAAUCACAAGCAGUGGGUGUGUGAGAAAUGCUCCAAAGGAUACGCUGUUCAAUCUGAUUACAAAGCCCACCUCAAAACCUGCGGUACCAGAGGCCAUUCUUGUGACUGCGGCCGUGUCUUUUCCAGAGUAGAGAGCUUCAUUGAGCACCAAGACGCUUGCACGAUCCGGCAGACUCGGCCUGAAAUAGUACAUGCACUGCAGCCUGCCUGCUCGUCACAGACGGCAUCGAGCACUAGCCCAUCAAGUGACACAAAUAAUUUCAGCAUAGCCCCAAUAUUAUUGCCUGGGUUGCCAGUACCAAAGCCGGCCGAGCCUGUUUUCUUAAGCUCGGAGCAAAACAAUAACAAUAAUAUCCCCUCCACUUCUGAACAGCAACACAAUUUGGAACUUCAACUCCUGCCUUCGUCGAACGCCCUCUCGUUUCGUAAUUCCGACGAGAUUUUCGCGACCCAUUUGAAACUUUCGAUAGGUUCGAGCGAAGGCGGGGAGAUCAGGAAUAUUGAAGCAAAUAACAAGGCUAAUUUGAAUACAAGUAGUAGGAGGUCUGAUAGUGAUCAAAAUAAUGUGAGUGAAGUGGCAAGGUUGAAAGAAUUUGCAAAGGAGGAGCUAAAGCUGGCGAUGAGUGAAAAGGCCUACGCUGAGGAGGCUAGGCGAGAAGCGAAACGUCAGAUUGAGAUGGCUGAAGUUGAGUUUGCAAAUGCCAAGAGGAUAAGGCAACAAGCGCAGGCUGAAGUGGAGAAGUCUCAAGUUCUAAAAGAGCAAGCCACCAAGAAGAUCAGCUCCACCAUGCUGCAAAUCACUUGCCACGCCUGCAAGCAGCAAUUCCAUGCAUCCACCGCUGUACCGCCGUCCGAUGAGACCUCGCUCGCUGUAAGUUACAUGUCCUCAGCCACAACCGAAGGGGAAGGAGAGUGAAUACUAAAUGACCAGAUAGACCAAGCAACCAACGUUAACAAGCAAUCAUGAUGUCCAUCUCUUUUUUAAUUAACUCAAUAUUUUCGAUCGAUCUUCAUCUACUUAUAAUCUUUUAUUCUUCAUGUCUAAAGUUCUUUUUUCUCUUUUACUUGCUUUAGUAUUUUUGAGUCUGACCGUCUACUCGAUCUUGUACGUUGUGGUGUUGAUUUAAAUCAUGAGUGCUGUAACCGAGUGUUUUUUUUUUUUUUCUAUUUAUUUAAUUAAUACAUGGCCGGAUCUUCAUUUU